CGGCAGCGGAGCUCAUCGGCCCGGGAGGGAAAUAAAAUGAGGAAAUUAGUCAUGACGAGCUUGCAGCUGGAAAAUGAGGAAAAUCAAAAUCCUUCGACUCAGCAUGGAAGUUAUUUUAGCCACAACGGCAGAGCCCCGGGGCAGAGCCGGGGGUACCGGUGACAGCACUCCUUGGGGCACGUCCUGCAGAGCGGGGACCCCAUCUCAGCUGCGCCAGCACCGGGUCCCCGCCGUGGCAGAAACCACCCCCGCCCCGCUCCCGCAGCGUGCUGGUGCCGGGCUGGCGCGCUCGGCCCCACAGGGUCCCUGCUCGGCUGCUGAAGGGGGACGCGAGGGACGCCGAGCCGUGGGGAUGCAGAGCAUCAAGUGUGUGGUGGUGGGCGACGGGGCGGUGGGGAAGACCUGCCUGCUCAUCUGCUACACCACCAACGCCUUUCCCAAGGAGUACAUCCCCACCGUCUUCGACAACUACAGCGCCCAGAACACGGUGGAUGGCAGGACUAUUAACUUAAACCUGUGGGACACGGCCGGCCAGGAGGAGUACGACCGCCUCCGGACACUUUCCUACCCCCAGACCAACGUCUUCAUCAUCUGCUUCUCCAUCGCCAGCCCGCCCUCCUAUGAGAACGUCAAGCACAAGUGGUACCCGGAGGUGUGCCACCACUGUCCCAGCGUGCCCAUCCUCCUCGUCGGCACCAAGAAGGAUCUGAGAAACAACCCCGAAACCAUGAAGCGGCUCAAGGAGCAGAACCAGGCGCCCAUCACCACCCAGCAAGGCAUCAGCCUCUCCAAGCAGAUCCGCGCCGUCAAGUACCUGGAGUGCUCGGCGCUCAACCAGGAGGGCAUCAAGGAUGUCUUCACCGAGGCGGUGAGGGCUGUGCUCAACCCCGUCCCGGCCAAGCCCAAGAAGCCCUGUGUCCUCUUGUGACAGGGCUGCUGGCGACCAGUGAGAGACGAUCCUGCCCCUGCCCUGGCCCCGCCGCCCCCGCAGACACUGCCCGGCACUGCCAGAACCCCCCCGCCCGCCCGGUGCCUCCCCGAGCCUCGCUGCCCCCCCUGGGGACAGCGGGACCGGGGCUGCCAGCCCAAAGCCGCCAGCUUUAAUAAUACAGACCUCGUUUGCACUAACUGGCCGUCCGCCCCGGGGGCAGCGGGGCUCCCCCAGCCCCGCAGGACCCCCGCCCCGGCCCUGGCUGUCAGCGUUUGCUUUUGGGUGAUGCCUCUCCGGUCCCAGCACAGAGCAACGCUUCCUGAGAAGGGGAUCCCCGGGGUGGCCGUCCCCCCCUCCUGCCCUGAGCACCCCACGGGGACCUGCCACCCCCACCCUGAGCACCCCAUGGGGACCCACCAGCCCCAGCCCCUGUGCCAACAAGGGCACGGGGUGAGGUCUUCAACCCCUCUGUGCCAGCCCCGGCACUCGGCCACCUCCGAGCAUCCCGCUGGCACGGUCACAUCCUGCCGUGGGGUCCCGGUGGCUGCGCCGGGGGUCUCUCGGGUGGGUGCUUGGGGCGAGCCUGGGCCCAGCGCCAGGGAAAUCCAUCCCCGGUGAGAGCGGAGCCAGCACUGCCGGCAGGCUCUGCCAGAGGAGUGUGUUCCCACGCCGGCUGGUGCCGGGGCUCCACAGGGCAGCAGGACUCGCCUGUAACCAGCCGCUCCCUGAGAUGAUGCUUCUUAAAUAAAGAGAACUGCCCAGGC